CUUCGCAGGUCACGUCCCUGCCGUCCUUGAAGAGAUGACCCGGGUGGGGACCGCCAGGAUCCCCCAUCCUCCAGGGGGAUCUCGUUCUAGGUGGGGUGGCUGAGCAAGCGGCGCUAGGACACUCGGCACAGAGCUUCGGGGAAGGGAGUUGGUGGGAAAUUCCCUACAUGGUGCCCCCCGCGGUCAUCUUCUGAGCCAGCUGCCCAAAAUAGUCCCAGCCACCCGCGGGCUGGCUCAUGGCGGGGAAAUGGCUGCUGUCUCCGACCCCGUGGAAUUGGGUCUGACCUGGGGACCCGCGCGCCCCGAGCCCCCUCCCACUCGCUUCCACCGGGUGCACGGUGCCAACAUCCGCGUGGACCCUUCUGGGACGCAAGCCACACGCGUGGAGAGCUUCGCUCACGGGGUGUGCUUCAGUCACGAGCCACUGGCCCCAGGCCAGAUAUUCCUGGUGGAGAUCGAGGAGAAAGAGCUGGGCUGGUGCGGCCACCUGCGCCUCGGCCUGACUGCGCUAGACCCCGCCAGCUUGACCCCCGUGCCCGAGUUUUCGCUGCCUGACUUGGUCAGCCUCGGCCACACCUGGGUCUUUGCCAUCACGCGCCAUCACAACCGCGUGCCCCGGGAGGGCCACCCGGAAGCAGAGGCAAUGGCCCCCAGCCGACCCCCAGCCCUCCUGGUGGAACCGUAUCUGUGCAUUGAGCAGUUUCGUAUUCCCCGCGACCGCUUGGUGGGCCGCAGUCGGCCUGGGCUCUACAGCCACCUCUUGGACCAGCUCUAUGAGCUGAACGUGCUGCCUCCGACCGCGCGCCGUAGCCGCCUGGGCGUUCUCUUCUGCCCACGCCCGGAUGGCACAGCCGACAUGCACAUCGUCAUCAACGGCGAGGACAUGGGCCCCAGCGCCCGGGGGCUGCCAGCCGCCCAACCCCUCUACGCAGUGGUGGACGUGUUUGCCUCCACCAAGAGUGUGCGCCUGGUCCAGCUUGAGUAUGGCUUGCCCUCCCUGCAGACCCUGUGCCGCCUAGUGAUCCAGAGGAGCGUGGUGCACCGGUUGGCCAUCGACGGGCUCCACCUGCCCAAGGGACUUAAGGAUUUCUGCAAGUACGAGUGAAGGCCUGCAGCAACCCCGGAGCGGAGUCCCGGAGCACGUCCUGGCCCCCGAGCUGUGGCUGGUCUGAAGCUGGCCGUUCCGCUGUCAGCCAGGGCCGGAAAUAAACACAGCCGAUGCUGCACUGA